UGGAGAGGGGAGGGGACGGCAGGCAGAUAGUCUCUCAAUUACUGUCAAUCACCGAGGAUUACUGUCGGACACUCUCACACCACUCGCUGAUAAGGUGUCUGGGCAAGUUUACCAGGUGGCUCGAGGCAGGUUAUAAGGCUAGAUCUGACUGUUGAACACUAAAAGCCGAGAAUGCGGAUCUGAGAGAAAUUUCCACGCCGUUUCUGUGGUCGCCAGCGACGCUUGACUCUCCUCUCUGGAAUCUGAUAUUGGCGGACUUGGUGUUUCUCGGUGUCUGGGAGCUGAAGACGGGCUCUGAAUGUCUGCUGGCGGUUAGGUUAGUGCUCGGCCGGGUUUCGGUGGGUUGAGGCAACGCGGCUUCUCCCGAGCCGCAGCCAGAAGCACCCACCGCCACCAGAACAGAAUAAUAGUUUGGAUUGCUGGAAAACCGUAAAGACAGUGACCAAUUUUGGCACGGGAGGCAUACGAGUGAAGAAGAGCGUGGGAGAGGCACAACGUUACAGUCAAUGAAAUGACAGCCUGGAAGAACUAUCUCACACUAUUUUUCAUGUUCCCUUGGACCAUGUAACCUGGACUGCGGACAAAGGUACGGCUCGUAAACUGGAGUUGGAAUACCUUGCCUGUGAAGCGAUUACCGCUGCGUUGUAGGGAGUACUUCCGUGGAGUUGUGUGGCGAGUGGGAAAGCGGAGUAACCAGCCAGACUGACACUGUCGUUACCGGCGCUGCAGGCUCGUGCAGAGCUGUCAAACCGGGUGCAAGUCCAGGCCGGUUGCAAGGGGUGACACCGGGGCAUUGGCGUGCGUGUGCUACUGAACCACUGACUGAUUUUCCAAUUCAGGGCAUUUCACGGAUUGAAUACUCUUUGAGUGGCAUAUCAGAUUGACAGUCGCUGCAAAUCUUGCUUUACAUCGGAGUGGGUGUCAAGCCAAUACAGUUCCAUAACGCAAUGACAAACGACUCAGCUAUGCGCACUGACAUCUCCAAAUUUAUCAAUGACGCAUGCAAGGCAAAAAUACGACUGUCUUCCGUUCACCUGCUUAAUUCACACACUCAGUGACAUAACCAACACUUAAUAAUCACACGUGUGUGUCAGUGCCUGUUUCGCUUUUGUUUUCUUUGUUUUUUUUUAAUUAUUAUUCUAAAAGGCCUUUUCUGACAGCCACACAAUGAUGAGCGGCGGGCCCAAUAUCGUCUACGAGUGGCUCCGGACCCUCCAGCUCGUUCAGUAUAUGGACGCUUUCAUGGAUAAUGGCUACGAUGACCUGGAGGUGUGCAAACAGAUCGGGGACCCUGACCUGGACGCGAUCGGGGUCUACAUCCCCCACCACCGGCAGCGCAUCCACGACGCGGUGCUACGGCUACGGGAGGACGACAAGGAGUCAGCCAGCGGUCUGUACUUCACCCUGGAGCCGCUGCCGCCUCUGGCUUCGGAGAUUUACACCAGCAGACUGGCGGAGCAGUACGAGAGCCGGCUGCGGGGCUCCAAGUCCUGGACUGAGCACAGCAGCGAGAGGGGAGGCUUGGUGAUCGGCAUGGGUACCCCGAGGAACCUUACUCUUGGGAACCGCAGGGAGCUGAUGGUGUACCCCAAGCUCAAGUUGAAGAUCAUGAUCCGCGAUAAGCUCAUUCGAGAUGGAAUUAACCUGGCCAGGCCGCCCUUCUCUAACAAGGAUGGCUCGCUGGGUAAUAUAGACGACCUUGCCCAGGAGUAUUCGGAGUACUACAACACCUGCUUCAGCGACGUCAGCGAACGCCUGGAGGAGCUACGCAAGCGCAGAGUCUCGCAAGACAUGGACAUGGACAAGACUGACACCAUCCCCACCUCUCUUCAGCUGCGGUCAGAAAUACAGGAAUCGCUUGGCUUCAGCAGUGAAGUCUCCACACCAGAAAUUGAAAGAAAGGUGCCUCUUCAUAGGUCAAGUUCCGAAGAUGGCUGUGGAGGCAAAUGGGACGGCAAAAAGAAGAACAAGUCAUUUUGGCAGAAUUUCCGCAAGUCCCCGAAAACGGUCUCAAGACAAACCUCCAAAGGUGAGGAUAUCGGCUAUGUGGCCAGCGAGAUCACUAUGAGCGAUGAAGAGCGCAUUCAGCUGAUGAUGAUGGUGAAGGAGAGAAUGAUCACCGUGGAGGAGGCUCUCGCACGGCUGAAGGAGUUUGAGCGCGUCAGCAGACUCAGCCAGAGCGAGUCCGACUGGACUGAGACCUCCAACACCACCGCCAACUCCCGCGAGCACUCUGAUGACGAACAGGAGGACUCGCUGAAGUUCAAGCGCCUGCAUAAGCUGGUCAACUCCACACGUCGCGUCAGGAAGAAACUCAUCAAAGUGGACGACGGCAAGAGACAUGCCUCGGACGACUCGCUGAGUUUGGAGGCGUCUCCGUCGUGCGAGGACCCCACAGCUCUCUACGCGGGCGUCCACAAGAAGCCUCCCCUGGGGGCGAGCCAGACGGACGCCGACUCUUCGCUGUCCUCCCUGGCCCAGGAGCAGCUGUCCCUGGAUGGGGACUCGGACAGCCUGGCCACCUCCCAGUCCUCCAGCAGCCUGGACCACUGGGGCGGCCCCGGAGCCGGACGCAAGCUGGUCAAGACCUACAGCGGACCGGGCAACGCAGCGGCAGGGGCUCGCCCCGGCACAGAUCGUCCACACCCCCACGGGCUCAUCCGCCCCCACCGAAAGCACAGCGAAGGAGGAGUCUCGGAGCUCGACGCCAGUCCGUCAGCAGAGGGCGACCUGGAGCAGCAGUCCGCCGGGGUUUCCCGCUCGGCAACGGAGGGCGAGAUGAAGCGAGCGCUGGGCGGCCUGUCGGCACACGGGGUGAGUAGCAGCUCUCCGCACGGCCUCUACGGCCUCACCCGCCCGCGCAGGGCCUCGCCACGACGACAACACCUUAUCGCCACCGGCAACGGUGGCAUCAGCAAGCCCGUGUCCACGUGGCAACAGUGCCGGCCCGACCCCAACUACGCGUACUCCACCAAGCACCUGCUCUACCACCAACAGCAGCAGCAGCGUAGCAGAACGCUACCGUCCCCCUUUGCGUCCCCGUCACGCUCCCAGUCCCACUCCCCGUCACCCCCGUCCCGGGCCUCCACCUCCCCCCGCCCUCGCCACCAGCACGUGGCCUCCUCAUCGACGUCUGGGCGUGGGGAGCUGCGGGUGGGGCCCCUGGGUUGGCGUCUGCGGGGCCGCAGUGCUGUGAGCGAGCUGAAUAUCACCUACGUGGUGGAGCGCAGCCUCCACGGCCACCUCAGCUGGACGCAGCUGGUGCGGCCGGUGGCCCUAAGCAAUGCGGAGCGCCGCUGCCUCCUGCUGGAGGAAGACGAGGAUGCGGACAGGAAGUGGGUUGCCAGCGUGGACCGGUGCACUCGUCGCGUACUGCUGCGCUUCCAGCAGAAGUCUAGGACGUGUAGCUUCGGGGGAUUCGACCUGUCCAAUAGGUCUCUGCACGUGGUCGGCACAGCGGGCCAAUCAAACACUAAGGAUGAUGCUCAGUAUCGCGAGGUCAUCAAGUCUCCCAGCACGUCUCGCAUCUCUCUGGGUAAGAAGGUCAAGUCCGUCAAGGAGACCAUGAGGAAACGCAUCUCCAAGAAGUACAGCAGCUCUCUAUCUGAGCAGUCGAGUCCCGAUGGCACCCCGGUGUCUCCCCAGUCUCCGCAGCCGGAGUGUGAGACGCUGGAGAAGCCCAAGCUGAAGGCAGGGGGCUCCGUGGAGUCCCUACGCAGCUCACUCAGUGGACAGAGCUCCAUGAGUGGCCAGACAGUGAGCACCACAGACUCGUCGGCGUCGAACCGUGAGAGUGUGAAGAGCGAGGAGGGCGAGGAUGAGGAGCCGCCGUACAGGGGCCCCUUCUGCGGACGCGCACGCGUACACACAGACUUCACACCCAGCCCCUACGACUCCGACUCACUCAAGCUCAAGCGCGGGGACGUGAUCGACAUCAUCAGCAAGCCGCCCAUGGGCACCUGGAUGGGCCUGCUCAACAACAAGGUGGGCACCUUCAAGUUCAUCUACGUGGACGUGCUGAGCGAGGAGCAGGAGAAGCCCAAGCGCUCCGUACGCAGGAAGAACCGACGCCGGAGCCGGCCGCCCAAGCCCACCUCCGUGGAGGACCUCCUGGACAGGAUCAAUCUCAAGGAGCUGAUGCCGACCUUCCUGUUUAACGGCUAUGAGGACCUGGACACCUUUAAGCUGCUGGAGGAGGAGGACCUGGACGAGCUCAACAUCAAGGACCCCCAGCACAGAGCUGUACUGCUCACCGCAGUGGAACUGCUGCAGGAGUACGACAGCAGCAGUGAUGUGGAGCGUAGCGGGGUCUCAGGCUCUCAGGAGAGGCUACUGUGCGGAGAGGGGCGUGGCCUAGACACUGGCGAUUCCCCCCGCGACUCCGGCUGCUACGAGAGCAACGAGAACCUAGACAACGGAAAGACCCGCAAGGCACCCCGGUCCCGUAACUCAGGCGGCGAGCUGGGUGCCAACUACCCCACCCUGCCCCUGACCCGCUCCACGGAGGCCCUGCAAAAGGAGCAUGCGGCCCGCAAGCAGCAGCAGCACCCAGCCACCAAGAACUUCCUGUUCUGCCCGCCAAUCAAGGCUCUGCGAGGUCUGGGACGGGGUGUGCGGACCGCCCGGCACUGCGGGGUCCUAAUGCCCGCCAGCCGCAGCUGCGAGAUGCUGGACGCCCCUCUGGAGGCUCCUGGCGGAAGGGGCCGGAAACGCUCGCAGUCCCUGGGGGACCUGCUCUGGGAGCAGGGGUUCGACCAGCAGCAGAAAGGGGGGGCUCAAAGGGAGUCAUCCUCUUCUUCUUUCUCUCCCCGGAAGUCUCCCGGGGCUCGGGAGGGCUUGAAAAAAGGAAAGGAGAUGGAAAAGAAGUUGGAGGUUGGAGGAGGUGUGAUGUCUGCUGCACCUGCGCUUCCACCCAGGCCUGCCGCUACCUCUCCCAACUCCCCGGCCCAUCAUCCCCUGUCUCCAUUCCGUACUAAGAGUCCUCCAGGGUCCCACGAUGCCUCAUUCGCAUCCCCCCUAGCCUCCCCAAUCUGCUCCCCUCCCACCUCUCCCCCACUGCGGACGCUGCCAAAGAAGCCCCCAGUGCCUCCUCCCGUGCCCGUCAAGAAGUCCAAGGAGCGCUUGCCCAAUGGCCUUCGGCCACCUCCCCCCGCACAACUCCUACCCGCCCUGCCUAUCAAGGCCUGCUCCAGCCCCUCCGAGGGCACCGCAACCAACACUACCCCAACCCACACCUCCACCUUUGCCAACACCACCACGACCAGCCUGAUUUCGCCCACCCUCUCUCCCGCCUCCCCAGCCCCAUCUCCUGAAGAGCCUGAGGGGUGCACCUCGCCGUCUGUGCCCCCUCCCUGGCUCUCGGACAUGCCUGGCUCCAGGCCCGCAGGCGUGGCGCUCAGGCGGGUGUCCAAGCUGGCAGACCUGGAGACACUGCUGGAGGAGAAGUUGUCAGCAGAGGGCAUAGACCUGAUGGAGGAGCCCUACUCCGAUAAGCAUGGGAGGUGUGGUGUGCCUGUGUUGCUGGUGCAGCGAUAUAGCGAGGAGCUGCAGCGCCCCCCUCAGGCUGUGUCCUCCGCACUUGACGUCAUUCGCGUCAAACAACUACGCAAGGAGCACCGCAUGGCCAUCCCGUCAGGGGGCCAAACCGAUGCCUGCCGCAAGCCCACCUCCCCGUGCCGCUCCGUCUCGGUCUCUGAUUGGCUGGUGUCCAUCGGCCUGCCCAUGUACUCCGCGCCCCUGGCCUCAGCGGGCUGCGAUUCGCUGGCGUCAGUGUGCGCCCUCACGGAGGAUCAGCUGCGCCAGGCUGGCGUGGGACAGGAAGGCCACGUGCAAUGGCUGCUGCAGGAGGCCCGUCUGCUCUCCUCAUAGCCUGCCAAGGCAGCCUGCAAAGCCUGCAUCAGGAGCGUCGGCGUGGAUACGGGACUCUGUGUUUGUGUGUGUGUGUGUGUGUGUGUGUGUGUGUGUGUGUGUGUGUGUGUGUGUGUGUGUGUGUGUGUGUGUGUGUGUGUGUGUGUGUGUGUGUGUGUGUGAGAGAGAGAGUGUGUGUGUGUGUGUGUGUGUCUUCAAGGGCUUGUGCAGAGACAAUGUCUUGAUACCUGUACAUAUGUUGGGUGCAGAUAGACAGCUACUGGAGACGUAUUCCUUGUUAAAAGGUCUACAAACUACAUGGCCAAUAACACUGAUCCUGAUGAGGUUGAAAGGCUCCCAUGGCUCUCCUGCUACCCCAUGAUCCUCUCUGUGUUGUCAGCUGGGUUGUGUCCUUCCCGGACGCCAUCUUUGCGGCUCGUGCCCUUCCUAAGGCUCCGUGGCUCAUAUCAUUUUCCCCCUCUGCUUCCAUCUGUAUUUUACACCUGCAUCAAAGGAUAUUUUCUUCCAUCUGCGUUGGCAGUCGUGCCCCCUGCAGGCAGAACCAGGUCAUCUCCGUGUGUUAAGCUCACGCUGUUCGAGGAAGCCACCUUCCAUUUGACACGCAGACUGUUCAAAGGGCGCCAUGCCGUGUGUGUUUGGGACGCAUGCUGCGCCGGUCGGUGCUACAGGCCACCAUCUCGCUGACACUUGGGAGGAUGGAGGUGAGAAGCAGGCUGAGGCACUGUGGUAUGGUGCGGCCAGACGAGGACAGCGUUUUUGUGUAUCAGUGACGGCAGGUCGAUUGGAACAAAGGGACCGAUUUCCUUGGCAUCGACCUGCUUUUCUUUUUUAACACAUGCCGCUCUUAUUCGUUAACGUAUUUGUACUCCAGACAAAAGGAACAGAGAAUAAAAAAGGCCCACACACACACAACAGGAAAGCACAAGCAGACCAAAUGGAUGCACAUGAGCUCUGAGACUCAUGCACCUUGGUCACAUGGUAUUGAUUGUUUGUCUCUGUCUUUCUUUACUUUCAGGUGCACAAGUUUCCAAGGUGACCUUUUGUAUGUUUUUUUGGUUUGUUUUUAACUAUCUAUUGUGUCUACUGCUUUCUUUCCGCUUGUUGCCAAGGACUCUGUGGCCUUUACUAGACUGAAAUCAGCCUGACCUUUCACCCGGAAGCACUGCCUUUUGCUCUUCAGCAGCAUAUAACAGUAUGCCAUCGACGUGGGGCUUUCACAAGGUGCUGAACACUGCUGUCACAAAUCGCAGCAGUUGCCUUUGAAGAAAAAACGUGCUCACAAUGCACACAGAACAAGAACAUUUUGUCUCAUUGUAUUGGUGGACUCAGUGAUGAGACAAGGAGAAGGACACACAGGAUUGUGGGGCAGUUUCCUUCAUAGAUCUCAAUUUCAAUCACAGGUGGUUUCGUUUGGUUUUGCAGUGAUCUAUGUGAACGGGAAGAGAUAGCUGCUGAUACGAGAUGUUUCACUCCUUGAUGGUCUGUGGGUAUCAAAAUACUUUGCCAUCAUUGUGCGUGUGUGUGUGUGUGUGUGUGUGUGUGUGUGUGUGCGCGCAUGUGCAGAGAAAGGUGUACGUAGCAGAAUAUGGCUACCCAAGAUUACAUUAUCCUCAUAUCAACAUUAAAUAGCUUUGUGUUUAUUUAAAGGAAAUAGUGUUAUAAAUGACUUUAUUUCAGGGUCUUGUAUACUGUGUGUGUGUGUGUGUGUGUGUGUGCAUGUGUGCGUGCAAGUGUGCAUGUGUGUGUGUAUGGGUAUGUGUGUGUGUGUAUAUACAUGCAUACAGCAUAUAUGCAUGUGUAUACAGUGCACAGACUUUUGGUUGAUAUAUAGCCAUUUCAUAAGCUUGUAUCAGUUGUCUGGAAGUGCCAAAAUUUGCAGACUUUCUUGAGGUUAUAGUCGUACGUAAUAUAAUCUUAACUAAUCAAUGAUAAUCAAAUAUUAUUUCAAUUAAUAUCUAAUCUAACACUUUUGCUGCGUUGUUCCGCUUGACUUUGUCUGCUAUUAUCUGAUCAGAUUUUAGUGCCUCCAGUUCAACAGUGUGCUUUGCUGCGGCAUCUUCAGCACAACACACAGGCCAUUUCUCAAAGUCUAGUGUGCACCCUUUCAAGUGUAUCAGCCUUCGUAAUCACGCCCAGUGAUUAGAUACUCUUUGGUGAACUCUGCGGAGUAUCCAAUCACUGGGCGUGACUAAAUAGUCUCACAUACUUCCAAGGCUCAUACACUUGACAUUGAGAAAUGACCACAGUCAUUCAGGAAGAGCAUUACAGGUAUGCUUUAAUGUUGUAUACCCACACACACGAUCAGCAGGCACACAUCCUAACAGAUAGGUGCAGUCAUCAGGGCUUACCAGAGAUAAAACUAUGGGUGUACGUUAGCUCAGAGAUUUCUAUUGUCAUUGCCAUUGGUGCGUGUGCGUGUGCGUGUGCGUGUGUGUGAGAAAGAAACUCUACUUAUAUUCCAGUGAAAUGCUGUGCUAUAUUUUUGGUUGGCUAAGAGGUAUUUUUGCUUGCAUCAUCCUGACCGACGAGUAACUCCUUCAACAGUUAUUGAUGAUGAUGUCCAACAUGCCUGGCCUGCCGGUGCAUUUGAUCACAAACUGUGUGCAUUUUUCUAAUGGGAAGACAAAGGACAUCUUUGUUAGUUAUUUAACCUGGAUCUAGAGAGACAGCUGGACUAUUUUGCUCAGAGGUGUUUGCAAAAACUGAUAUCUUUGAGGCCCAUUGUAAUUUUCUAGUUCACAGAAAGAAAUCCUGGGUUUAUCAAUUAGCUAAAUGAUUACUUAAUUUACUAGUUGAUGUUGAGUCAACUUGUAGUUUGCCUGAACUAUCUGCAGUGUGUGGUUUGUAAAGGAACGAGCUCCUAGUCCAAGUCCUACCUAAUGUCAGGGUAAAGGGUCCAGCAAAGUACAAGGUUGACGAUGCGGUCUGAAUGUAUUCGUAUCAAGGAAGUGAUGUUAUACUUGCCCUGAGAAUGUAGGCAGGAGACGUGUCAUACUUAUUUGGGCCAGGUUGAGGUCAUGACCUUAUGUGUUUCAACUUCCGGCGGGGUGGGUGGAUGUGGGAAUGUUGAAAAUGGAAUGUAAUGGAACAUUCCAGAAUGGAACAUUCUGUAUUGUCGUCUGAUGGUCCGCAACAUUCUUUAGAAUGUUCAUCCUUCCCACGUUUCCAUAGGGACAGUAUGGUGCCAUACACUCCUAAAGGUUGGAGACCUUGCCACGAGUUCAUUCAGGGUCUUCAAGUCUACAAGCUGAAGUAAAGCACACAAGUCUUACAUAUACAGUAGCACAACAUAUGAUUGACAGCCAAUGAUCAGUACCUUUAUACAGAUUCCAAAUGAAUAAAUACAUAAACAAAAAUUAAAUACAGCAUAAGGCCUACAGAGGUAGAGUAGGGUAUGGUAUCAGAGUCCACAAUUACUUUACAAAGUGUGUGUGUGUGUGUGUGUGUGUGUGUGUGUGUGUGUGUGUGUGUGUGUGUGUGUGUGUGUGUGUGUGUGUGUGUGUGUGUGUGUGUGUGUGUGUGUGUGUGUGUGUGUGUGCGUGUGUGCGUGUGUGCGUGUGUGCGUGUGUGCGUGCGUGCAUGUCUGCGUGCGUGCGUGUUUGUAUGUGUGUGCGUGUGCCUGAGAUUAAGUGCACAAGAAUGAUGUGGGGGUGUUCAAUCUAGUCCCCUCUUAUUACACAAUCAAAGGCCAGAACAGAACAAGGCCAGCUAGUUCUUUAAUAACAAAAAAUACAUUUUUAUUUGUAUAGAAUAAAAACUGUUACUGUAAAAUGCACUUUAGCAAUGAAUCAAUUUUUUAUUGUUUUAUAAUGAAACGCUCAAUUGAUGUUAUCAUUUGCGGCCCUUUGACAAGCUUUUCCAGAUAGUGUUAGCUUAUUAAAAAGGGGCCUCCAGUGUCAAAUUAUUCCUCAACUUUACUGAAAAAAAAAUGUGAGCCCAGAAUGUACAAAUUUGUAAUAUUGUCACUAAUUAAUUUUCUCACCAUUUAAAAAAAAAACGUUUAUGAACGUCCCUUCCUGAAGCAUACGUACAGUACAUAUAUGAGAUGAUUAUUAACAUAUGUUGCACAUUCUGUGUGUGGGAUUGAUAUUUAAAUAACUUAUUUGCUUUUCAUAUUAAUUGUAAUUAGUAGUUGUAUGAAAACAGCAAUACCAUUUUUGCCUAAUAAAAGGUGUCAAACUAGAGUUUCCGUGUAAAAUACCCUUGUAAAUAUAAUUUUAUCUUGCUUUCAAUUUGCUGAUGGCUGUCCUUUGAGAGUUUUUUUGGCUUGUGUAUUAAAACGAAGAACACAAAAAAAUGUUUCAAAAAAACAAUUCUCUCCCUGUCCAUAAUAAACCUCUUUCUUGGCUCUGUGGCUUGCUGAUUAUUUCUUGAGAUCCUUGAGGGGUAGGGGGAGUACCCUGACUCUCGCCACAUGAAAGUGUUCCGCCUUGCUCUACGAGCAUCCAUCUGGAGUUAUGGGCGUAGGACUUUGAAAUCGUGGUUUUGUUCAAAAAAAAUCCUUGUAUGAAAUUGGGGAAACACAUAUUUUAUGACCUGCUACUACUCACAGGUUCGAAAACACUGUUAGAAUUAUAGAAUUAGUGUCGAAUAGUGAGUUCAUGGUUG